AUGGCAACAGUGCUGCCUAUCAGGCCGAACACCAACUCGACCGGCUCCUCGGCCUCGCGACGCCAUCCUUCUCUGAUUUCCUUCCCAUCGCAUACAACCUCAGACCCAAGCAACAACUUGCAAGUCAAUCACCGGCACACGCAUUCCAACAACUCUCACCAGUCCAGCCGCAACAGCUAUCACUCCUCGCUCUCCGCCACAAAUUCACAGCCUCCCCAUGCUCGCCCUCUGCACAAGCAGCCUCCUCGGCGCAAGGCGAAACCGGUCAAGUCGCAAUAUCCUCCUGACAGUAGCGAAAAACAUGUCGAAUACAUUCUCGUGGCCUCCUUUGACAUUGACCGGGGGAGUAUUAUGGAGCAUCAGUAUCCUGGCCCUGUAGGUGGAGACGAGCACAUGCUGGCCGAACUCAUGCUUCCCGACCAGGCGCAUUCGAGAGCUCAGGAUUGGACGAUCUUCUUCUUGCACAAGGACGCAGGUCUAGACGAUGAGGACCAAGAGGCAGUGCGUAGACGUCGGAGACGCAGGCGGAAGGGUCUUGCUGAAGACGAGGAUGAUGAAGAAGACGCCGUGAGCGGGGCGGAGUUCGACGAGGACGGACCCCAAUUCGGCGAAGAGGACGACGACGAUGAAUCCGACGACGUGGCGCUCGACGGUCCUCCUCUGGUCUACGUCCUCAAUUUGGUCAAUACGAAGCAUGACACUUCAGUCAAACGCGGUGCGGUUGUGAAGGCUAUGGCAAUCUGCACAAGACACUCCUUCUUGCAUAUCUACAAGCCUCUUCUGCUUCUCGCCCUGGAGCAAUACUUCGCAAAUCCGCAGAUCGAAACUCUGGCCAGUCUCUACAAUGCGGUGAACAGCAUGGACCUGUCUCUGCUGCCGAAGCUGAACUUCCUGGAAAAGUACAUAUUACAGGCUACUGAUGCCAAAGACCUCUUUUUGGAAAAGUUCGAAGCAAUAAUUUCCCAAAGGAUGACCGAGAACAUGGCUAAGGAAGGCGCACUGCCGCCUCUCGAGCAAGCCACCAGCACUGCUCAAUUGCAGUCCAAGACCCGUUAUGGCUUGCCUCGUGACACGCAUGAAUUUGAAAGCAUCGUCCAUUAUGCCAACAUUCCUGUGCCAGUCAAGAUCCCAACAGCAGUCAGCCCCGAGACAGUCGGGGACUUCAGCUUGAUCAAGCUGAUCACUACCUUCAGCACUCCUCAUUCGACACAGGCGGUGCCGUUCACACCAACUCACCCACAUCUAACGACCUCUGGCGCCGCGACUCACCCCAUCAUCGUCCUUUUGAACGCGCUCUUGACACAAAAGCGUGUCAUAUUCCUCGGCCACGGUUUACCUAGCUCCGAAGUGGCAGAAGCAGUCCUCGGCGCCUGUGCACUUGCAUCUGGCGGCCUGCUGCGAGGCUUCACCCGACACGCCUUUCCAUACACGGACCUGACCAAGAUUGACGAUCUGUUGAAAGUACCAGGCUUCAUUGCAGGCGUGACCAAUCCUGCAUUCGCCUUGAAAACUGAAUGGUGGGAUCUCAUGUGUAACCUCAGCACAGGGCGCAUGACAAUUUCCAAUCGCAUAGAGCAAGCACCUUUGACUGAGGGCGUUGCAUUCUUCCAUCAGAACACACAUCAACCAGGCACUAUCGCAGCAAGUAAUGCCCUUCCAACCGGAAGCAUGGCAGGUGAUGCAACAGGAGAUGGUGCAUUCAUGCAAAGUGUCCUGUCAGCAAUCAAUGAACGACACGGCGAGACUGCCAUUCGCAGCAAGUUCCGCAAGUGGGUCGUUAAAUUCACCCGGCUGGCAUCCAGCUUCGAGGAGACCGUGUAUGGGGCAAGUGCGCUGCACAUUCACAAUGCGGAUAGCCCCCAGACAACGUACCCGGCUUCAGAGAUGUCGCCUAUCAGUCCUGGCGAGCAGCGAGGCGAACAGCUUCCUCCGGAGGUCACUGGUCACGGGUAUGUGUGGCCGACACCGCAGAGCAAGAAUAAUGAGCUGGCAGCAAAUUCGACACGCAUCGAGGGAUGGCGAAAUACUCGCAGCUACUACAAUUUUGUCCGGGACUUGGCUGCGCAUUACGUGCAUCGACCAAUCAAACAUUUGGACCUUCAACACUUGCAUGACAAGCUGGCCAAACUACGUUUAGGUCAUGAGCAAAGUGCCAACAUCUAUCUUGCGAUAUGUGCUGCCGUGCAUACAGAGCAAGAGAUCAGCCAACUCCUGUCAGUGGUUGCGAUUGGAGUAUGGGAGAAUAAGGCGACUACGUCUGGGAGUGGACAGAAUUCAGGUCUCCUAUACAUCGGCAUGGGCCUCUUCCAUCCUAGGCAGGAUGUCAGAGAGGAGGUCGCUGAACUGAUGGGGAGGAUUCGCGAACACGAAGCUGGCCGACACUUCUGGUCGACGAUGGGCAGAUAUAUCCGCGUUGGAUUCGAGAGAGUGAUGAACGCUAGAGUUGAUCGGAUUGAGAAGACUGGUGUGGAGCACGACAGCUGA